CUCGACAGUCAACCGCUCAUUCCUCCAUUUACCUUAUCAUCAACCCAUCCAACUUCAAGAUGACCCUGUCCGACACCACGCCCGCGUCCUCUGUGCCGUCGUGCGCCUAUACCGACGACGCGGCCGCUGGCUCCUGCGCCUUUGAUCCAACCAACAAGCCCGUCGACGCCGCCAGCAUCGGCCGCAUCUCGACGUCAGCAACCAUCGGCGCCUACGCUGCGUACAUUGGCAACCUCCACCGCAACACGUACGCGUCGUACAUUCGUCUCCACGAGCUCGAGAAGGUCUGGGGUCUCUGGUCGUACGUCUCGCCGACACAGACGAUGCCGUUCGAGCCGGUCGAGUCGGUCUCAGCGCCUCUCUCGGAGCCGGUCGCACUGAGUCCGGUUCCCGGUCCGCUCUACCGCGUCGCGCCCGCACUCAGCUCGUUUGAGAUUACGCUGCGGCUCUUGCUCGAGUUCAUGGACGUCAACGUGAGCGCGACGGUCGACACAACUGCACCGCGCUUUCGCCGCCACCGGCCGUACGUCAACCACGCAUCGCGUAUCGACGCCGUCAUGCGCAACCUCAGCGCACAGCUGCUCAUGAUGCGCACGGUCAUGGACAUUGACCUCGCGGCCGUCACCGACAAGGCGCAGGUCGCGGCCCUGUACGACCUCUCGCGCGACAAGAGCCAGGAGAGCUUGGCACGCAGCGACCACUGGUGGUGGCGCGACAGUGCGCCGAACGCAUCGCUGCCGCCGCACGAGCUCCUUCAGCGCGUCUCGGGGCUUUUGAGUUGCCACUUUGCGGGAUUGCCCUUUGGUCCUGGCCUCGGCGCGUCCGACGGCCUGCAUCUGCCGUACGACAAGCUCGCGCUGCCGAUGCACACGCGCACCCACUGCACGCAGGACGAAGACGACGAAGCGUUUGUCGAAGAUCACUUUUUCGCGACCGUGCACCAGAUCACCGAGGCGUGGUGCUGCGUCAUGGAGCGCCAGCUCGACGUCGCACAACAUGACCUCGACCACUUGAAUCUCGGCGCGCCCACGGAGCUCAACGCAGCCGUGCUGACGCGUAUCGCGCGCCGGUACCGCUUUGCGUGCCAGAUCUGGGAGUACCUCAUCGACCACAUCUCGAUGCUGAGCGAGAUGGACGCGGCCGACUACUUGACGCUCAAGCUCCAUUUGCACGGCGCGAGCGGGGGCCAGAGCGUGCGGCUGCGGCAGCUCGGGCGUCGCAUCGCGCACCUCAUGCCCCUAACACCGUCGUGCCUCGCCGGGAUCGCGCCGCGGUCGACGGUCGACCCCACGAGCCUCGUCGACAUGCUCCACGUGCUCGGCCAAGUCAAGUCCGAGAAGCCGGAGGACGAAACCGAGACGCCGGAGCUCGUCGCGACGAUCCAAGCUAUGUUUGCCGCGCGCACGUCGCCGGGCGCCCAGUGCAUUCAAAUCGUGCAGGCCAUUCAAAUGCUCGAGAAUGCGGUCCGACGCUUCUACUUUGGCCACCAGCACCUUGCGAUCAUGGUGCUGGGCGCGGGCGCCGCGGGCACCCAAGAGCUCACGGUCAAGAUGCUCGAGCGCGGCUGGAAGGACGCGAACCGGUACCUCUCGUGCGAGCACGCCAAAGAGCAGCUAUCGAGCUCGCUCGACGCGUCGCAGCUGGCCGUCGACAAAUCGUUCAAAGGCCGCAUCAUUCGCACGCUCUCGGAAGGCGCGCGGGAGCGCCAUCGCGCGCUCAAGCAGCGUGUUCAGUGGCAGCAAAUGCUGUGCCCGCGCUCGGCCAUGGCCAUCGAAGUGCCAAGUACGCUCUGCAACCUCGUCGCGGUCGAGACGUCGCCGUUCCGGCCGUACUUUGCCCGGUCGCUCGCGCUCCAGGACCCGCAAGCGCUGCACUUUUCGACGUACGGCAUGGGCCUCGCACCAGACGUGGCCUUUGAGAGCGUCGCGGCGACGCACCGGCUGCUCGCGUCGAGCCUGAACGAGUCGUGGGACCACGUCUUUGGGCGUGACGUGCCGACAGCAGCGGCGUACAUCAAGCAGUCGCUUGGAGUCGCAUCCCAUGCGUACCACAUCAACUUUGGGUCCAACUGCCACGAGUUUCUGCUGCGGCUCCUGAGCUGCCACCCGCAGGGCAAGGCGCUGCGCGUGCUCACCUCGGACGCCGAGUUCUUGUCCUUUACACGGCAAAUGGACGCGCUGCCGCACCACGAUGUCGAGACGAUCGCGCUACUGCCGUUCGAGACGUACGGCGCGCGUCUGGCGGCGGCGGCGGCCACGGGCAAAUACGACGUCGUCUACGUCAGCGUCGUCUACUCCAACUUUCAGUUCCGUCUCGACGAUGCGAGCAUUGCGUCGGUGGCCGCGGCGCUGCCGAGCAGCCGCAUGCUCAUUCUGGACGUGGCGCAGACGCUUGAGAACGUCCCGCUCGCGCUGCCGUCGCAGUUUCCCCACCUCUUUGUCAUUGGCAGCGGCAUCAAGCAUGCGACCGCGGGACCCGGUCUCGGCUUUCUCGCUUAUCCGAGUGCGACCUCGUGGACGCCAGCCAACACGGGCUGGAUCGCUGACCUCUCGGUGCUCUCGCCAACGCACGUGCCGACCAAGACGGUCGGGUACACGCCCGACCUCAUGUUUCAGGGUGGCACCCCCGGGUUUCACUACGCGCUGCGCCAAUGGAACGACGUGCAAGCCUUUUACGCGUCGCACAAGUGGACGCUUGCAGUGCGCCAUGCCUAUGUCUUGCGCCUCCAAGACCGGUUCUUCGCGAGCCUGGGCAAGGUCUUCUCGGCCGGCUACACGCAGCGCGCGACGCAGGACCCGGCGACGAUCUCGAACGCGUUCGUGCUAAAGCACUCGCACGCGGCGGCGAUCCAGGAAUACUUGACGCAGCCCGCGCGCCGCCCAGCGCACUCGAGUUCGCGCCGUGUGUUUCACUGCGACGUGCGCCAGAAGACGUCGCUCCGCCUCGGCUUUGGCAUCCAGCACAUUGCAGCCGACGUCGACGCUCUGGCCGACAUUCUCAUCGAAGCCCACGCGUCGCUGUCGACGACCGAGCCGCUGACGCUGGUGGUGUAAACAACCAAGCUGUUUGAAUACGUCGGUAGCCUUUGUUUGUCGAUAUAUAUAUGUUGAAGUUGUACUACAUUAAUAGUAAAUCCGAGUCAGGGACCAUGCGGA